CAGCAGAGCGCCUUUGCUGCGUGGAUCACAGUAGUUGUAACAGUAGAAGAAGAGUUUGAUGGUAGGCGCGUUGUUGUGUCCCUGCUUCCUUCAGUGAUCGAUGUUGUUGUUUUAUACUGAACACAGCUGACAGCUUCCUGAGCCAUGAGUGAGUUCAGGAUCCACCACGAUGUGAACGAGCUGCUCAGCCUGCUUCAUGUCCGAGGAGGAGAUGGAGCAGAGGGCUACAUAGAUCUCCUGCAGAAGCACAGGACCCCCUAUGUGACCACUACAGUGUCUGCUCACAGUGCUAAGGUCAAGUUAGCAGAGUUCUCUAAAACCCCCGAGGACUUCUUAAGAAAGUACGAGGAGAUCAAAUCCAAAAAUGUCAGAAACCUGGACCCUCUGCUGUAUCUACUGUCCAAACUCUGCGAGGAUAAAGAGACACUCCAGUGUCUGCAGCAGAAUGCCAAAGAACGGUCCGAGUCCUCAGCAAACACGACAUCAACCACAACCACCAGUUACUCUCUGCCUCAGACCAGUACCAAGAUGUCCAUGCAGGAGCUGGACGAGCUCAGGAAGAAGCUUGGGAAUGUGACGGCCAGCUCCAACGCACCUCUGCCGGCUGAAGUCACACGGAAGAUGCUCAGGGACAAACACAACAAGAAGAACCCGACUCAGCCCAACCCCGUGUUUCCUAACUGGGUGUAUGAACGCCCUGCUCUCCUCGGAGACUUCAUCAUCAGCCCGACUCCUCCAGGAGAUCCUCCUGUGUCCGUCGGUACGAUGCCCCCGGCUGCUCAGGAACAAGCUCUGGUGGAGGAUCUGCUGUUUGUCCUGGUGGGAGUGGACGGACGAGACAUCACAGCUCAGCCUGUGCUCGGGAGACAGAACCGCUCCUUCAUCGUCGACUCCACGCUGGACAUGUCGGUCAAAGAGCUGGUGAACAGAAUAUUACCCGUGGCCUCGUAUUACUCCACCAUCACACGCUUCAUCGAGGAGAAGUCGUCCUUUGAGUACGGUCAGGUAAACCACGCACUCACAGCAGCGAUGAGGACUCUGAUGAAGGAGUACCUGAUUCUGGUGACUCAGCUGGAGCACCUGCAGCGUCAGGGCCUUCUGUCUCUGCAGAAACUCUGGUUUUACAUCCAGCCCACCAUGAGGACCAUGGAGAUCCUGGCCUCCAUCGCGUCCUCGGUGGAUAAAGGAGAGUGCAUGGGCGGGUCGACUCUGAGUCUUCUUCAUGAUCGAACCUUCAACUACACCGGAGACAGCCAGGCUCAGGAGCUGUGUCUCUACCUCACCAAAGCAGCCAGCGUCCCUUACUUUGAGAUCCUGGAGAAGUGGAUCUACAGAGGCAUCAUCAAAGACCCGUACAGCGAGUUCAUGGUGGAGGAGCACGAGCUGCAGAAAGAGAAAAUCCAGGAGGACUACAACGACAAGUACUGGGAUCAAAGAUACACAAUCGUGCAACACCGGAUCCCCGCCUUUCUGCAAAAGAUGGCCGACAAAAUCUUAAGCACAGGGAAAUAUCUGAAUGUGGUGCGGGAGUGCGGCCGGGAUGUGACGUGUCCUGACGCUAAGGAGGUCCUGUACACCCUGAAGGAGCGGGUGUAUGUGGAGCAGAUCGAGAAGUCUUACAACUACGCCAGCAAGGUGCUGCUGGCCUUCCUCAUGGAGGAGAAGGAGCUGGUGUCUCGCCUCAGAUCAAUCAAGCACUACUUUUUGAUGGACAAAGGGGAUUUCUUCGUACACUUCAUGGACCUGACGGAGGAGGAGCUAAAGAAACCGGUGGACGACAUCGUUCCUCCCAGACUGGAGGCCCUCCUGGAGCUGGCUCUGAGGAUGAGCACGGCCAACACUGACCCCUUCAAAGACGACCUCAAAAUUGACCUGAUGCCUCAUGACGUCAUCACUCAGCUGCUGCGGGUUUUGGCGAUCGAGACCAAGCAGGAGAAAUCCAUCAUUAACGCGGACCCGACAGACGCAACGCUCACCGGACUGGAGGCUUUCUCCUUUGACUACAUCGUGAAGUGGCCGCUAUCGCUCAUCAUCAACAGGAAAGCCCUCACAAGGUACCAGAUGUUGUUCAGACACUUGUUUUACUGCAAACACGUCGAGCGGCUGCUGUGCAACGUGUGGAUCAGCAACAAAGACUUCAAGCAGUACUCCAUACGCUCUCCAAAGUGGUUUGCUGCAGCGUUCGCCCUCCGACAGCGCAUGCUCAACUUUGUGCAGAACAUCCAGUACUACAUGAUGUUCGAGGUGAUGGAGCCCACCUGGCACAUCAUGGAGACCAACCUGAAAACAGCGUCAAACAUUGAUGAUGUCCUCUGCCAUCACACCAGCUUCCUGGAUAACUGCCUGAAGGACUGCAUGCUGACAAACCCGGAGCUCCUCAGGAUCUUCUCCAAACUCAUGACCGUCUGCCUCAAGUUCACAAACUGCAUGCAGCGUCUCACUCAGAGUAUGAGGUUAGAGCGUCUCUCUCUGGAGCAAGGCACCAGGGACGGGGCUCCCGCCCUGAGCGAACAUGCGGAGGAGGCGGAGAAGAAGAGACUCACCACAAAGAUUCUGUCCGAGUACGUGGACGCCCUGCAGUCGGACUCAAACUUCGAGGUCACCAUCAGUAAGUUCGACAGUAACUUCAGCAUGCUGCUGCUGGACCUGCUGGACAAGCUGAGCAUCUACAGCACCAACGACUGUGAGCACAGCAUGAUCAGCAUCAUCUACAGGCUGGAUUUUAACGGGUUCUACACGGAGCGCCUGGAGAGGAUGGCCAUAGAGCGCAGUCAGAAAGCAGCAGCGUAGCAUAUUAUAUAUCUGUCACCAUGCAAUAAAGAAAUCCUCUCUUGCCUGUCUAUUUCUCAAACCUCAACUUCAUUACAACACAAACACCGGCUGUGGAGUCAGAGAUCAGAGGUGUUGCUUCUGUGUGUAUAUUAUAUAUUAUGAACUGUAUGAAAUUUAAAGUCUAAUGUUUGCAGCGUCAUUUCAAAGCUUCAAAUUGAACAUUUUAAGAGAUGUGUAAGUAGUAAGUUUAUUCUGCUCUGAAGUGUAAGUCAUGGCACUCAUAAUGGGUAACUUCUUGCACCUGUAAAAUGAAAAUGUAUGUUUGUAUUCAUUAAAACAAGACUUUACUGACUGAA